AACUGUAAAGAAGGUAACCGACUGUGCAUGAAGUUGAUCCGAGAUUGCUGUUACACAUCUGGUUUCGGAGCUCUGGGAUGUUAAGUGGAAAAACGAACCAAGACAAAACAAAUCUUUGCCUAAAAAUGGCUUUUCUCUGUAUUUGAUGCACCAUGUCAAAAGAAGUUGACUAUUACAACAUGACAGCCUAAUCUCAUCUGGGAGAGACUGAAAAAAAAAAAGUUAAAAAAAAAAAGUGAGUUUUGGAUUUGCAAUGAUGUUGCGUCCUGGAUCUGCAAUGAUGAUCCACAUGAACGGACUGGGGUAUGCACCCCAGAACCUGGCCCGGGUGGUGGUGUGGGAGUGGCUGAACGAGCACGGUCGGUGGCGGCCCUACAGCGCUGCCGUGUGCCACCACAUCGAGAACGUGUUGAAGGGGGACUCGCGGGGCACAGUGGUGCUGGGCCAGGUGGACCCACAACUGGCCCCUUACAUCAUAGACCUGCAAUCAAUGCACCAGUUUCGACAGGACACAGGCACCAUGCGGCCUGCGCAGCGUAACUUCUAUGAGCCCUCCUCGGCCCCGGGGAAGGGGGUGGUGUGGGAGUGGGAGAACGACAGCGGCUCCUGGACCCCCUACGACAUGGAGAUCUGCGUGACUAUCCAGAACGCCUAUGAGAAGCAGCACCCGUGGCUGGACCUCACAUCGCUGGGCUUCUGCUACCUCAUUGACUUCAACAGCAUGACCCAGACCAACCGGCAGAGCCAGCGCAAGAGGAGGCUGCGCCGCAGGAUGGACCUAGCCUACCCGCUCACCACGGGCUCCAUCCCCAAGUCCCAGUCCUGGCCUGUCGGCAGCAGCUCUGGUCAGCCCUGCUCCUGCCAGCAGUGCAUCCUGGUCAACAGCACCCGGGCCGCCUCCAACGCCAUCCUGGCCUCCCAGCGCCGCAAAGUCUACACCGGUGCCAACGGGACCCCCGGGACCCUCACUCUGGUUAGGCAGAGCAACACCUUUGCCGGCACCACCCUCUGGUCCCCCACCUCUUCGGUCAGCAGUGGCUCGGCCAAGCCAGAGCAGGUCCAGUCCCCAGGUACGGGAACCACCUACCCCAGGGUUCCUGCUCUCCCUGCCCCCACCCACGUCCCUGGGCAGAACAACCUGAACCGGCCGGGCCCUCAGCGCUCUGCCUUGGUGAGCACGCGAGGAUCCAUCCCACUAGGGGUCCCUGCACUUCCUGUGAAGAACCUCACUGGCUCUGGCCCAGUUCACCCUGCACUGGCUGGUAUGACUGGGAUCCUGAUGUGUGCGGCGGGCCUCCCUGUGUGUCUGACCAGGGCCCCCAAACCCAUCCUGUACCCCCCGCCCAUCAACAAGAGCGACAUUAAGCCCGUCCCAGGGGUGAACGGCACCUGCCGCAAAACCAAGAAGAAGCACCUGAAGAAAGGGAAGAACCCAGAGGAUGUGGUGAAGAGGUACAUGGAAAAAGUAAAGGUGGUUCCUGACGAGGACUGCACUAUCUGUAUGGAGAGACUGACCACCUCGUCCGGCUAUGAGGGGGUGCUCAGUCACAAAGGGAUCAAGUCAGACCUGGUGGGCAAGCUGAGCAAGUGUGGCCACAUCUAUCACCUGCUGUGCCUGGUAGCCAUGUACAACAACGGCAACAAGGACGGCAGUCUGCAGUGCCCCACCUGCAAAGCUAUCUAUGGUGAAAAGACAGGCACACAGCCUCCUGGGAAGAUGGAGUUCCACGUCAUCCCCCACUGCCUUCCCGGAUACCCCGAAUUCAAAACCAUCCGCAUUAUCUACGAUAUCCCUGCCGGCAUCCAGGGCACCGAGCACCCAAAUCCAGGGAAGAAGUUUAGUGCCAGAGGAUUCCCCCGGCACUGCUACCUGCCGGACGUAGAAAAGGGAAGAAAGGUCCUAAAGCUGUUGAUAGUUGCCUGGGACCGCCGCUUGAUCUUUACCAUCGGCACGUCCAACACCACUGGGGAGACGGACACAGUGGUCUGGAACGAGAUCCACCACAAGACAGAAUUUGGCUCCAACUUGACAGGACAUGGCUACCCAGACCCCAAAUACCUGGGCAAUGUCCUGGCGGAACUCUCCGCUCAGGGAGUGACCGACGAGGUGCUGAAAGACUGAGGCACAGCGAGAGAGAGGAGCAACUUGUCACGAAGAAGGAACUUCUUUACUUCACGCAAAAGGAAAGCAAAAGGAAUCUUCUUUAACUUAGUGACUUGCUAAAAAAACUAAAACUAAAAAAAAAACACUAUUUCUUCUGCUUUAGCUUCUUUUGCCUUGGGCUUGCCAAAAAAAUGAAAACUAAAAUGGAGGAACAAAGUUCUUAGCCUUCCCUUCUGGGAGGUGUUUAGGGGGUGGCUGGGACUGCUGCAUUUUUAUUGGUCACUGUGUCUGUGGGGGUGGGGCCGAGCAGAGAGGCUCUUCCACUUAGAGAUGGUAGAUUGUCAGGAAAGGGCAAAGUCGCCAAUUUAAUGUUACGUUUUUUCUUUGUCUUGAAUAAAUAUAUCAAAUAUAGGAAUAUAUUAAUGGAUUCAUUAAGAUAAUAAGCCCUAUUAGUUAAAGGAGCGGUGUCUGAAUAUUUUAGUGUUCUCAACUAACCUUUGGAAUGGAGAAUCUAUAUGUAAUCUAACUGUUUAAAAUGUAUAUUUUACCUACAAAGUGGCUAAACACACAAAACUUGCUCCAGUUAGUCUGUCUAGACCCUGCAGAUUGGAAGCUUUUGUCCCUUCCACAUGCAAAAACUGAGAGAUGUUUAAUAAACUUACAUUAAUAUAGAUUUAGAUUUUCAUUUUUACUGCCUAUUUACCCUUUUUGAACAUUAUAAUGUUCUGUUUUUGCUUGUCAAGUCGUUACAUUCUAUAUACUAUAGUUUGUGUGCUACCAAAAAAACCCUAGAAACUGCACUGUGGGAAGAUGUAUGACCUUAGUACAGCUUAUACUUUAAGUUCUGCUUAUGGUAGCCACUUCUGGUGAAGAAUUUCAAAGAAAAGCUGGUUCUAAUGACAUUGCAGUUGUUUCUUUAUAGCAAAUGUAUUAAGAAAGGGAGUUUAAAAACAGUGGUUCCAGCAACAUCAUGAGAAUGUGAGAAUUUAGCUCAAUUAGCUCAAUUAGCUCAAUUAGCUCAAUUAGCUUGCCAAUACAAGUUCAGAGUAGAUGUAUUAGUAUAAUAAUGUGGAUGUAUUUAAACAUACUUGGACCAUUUAUAAACAUAUUUCCUCAACCAGUCCUUCCAAGAUUUAAAAUAAAUCCUUAAAUUGAAUUUCUUACAUAGUGGUCUGUUUGUGUCCCAUUCGGUGCCCCUUGCAUGUUUUAAAAAUAUGUUUUACAAACAAGUACAUUACAUUGUAAGAAGGCUGUUACUUCACAAGUCCAUGCUGGAAGUAUGAGCUUUCUAAGUGUUUAUUGUGAAAUGCAUUUAUAUAACAGAAACACCAGCCCUGCUAACUUCACAACAGUGCAGCCUAUUGAAGAGUAAAAUAAGCAGAUAACAUGGAAAUAUAUAUUUAGUAUAAAACUGACCAUUGCAGCUUUAACCCCUAAGAACUAGGCAGUUUUUAAAUGUUUCAUGUUAAAAAAAUUAUUGAAUGAAUUUCAUGUAACAUUUUAGGUAUCCGUUUUAAGUGAUUAUAAACAGUCUACAAACAUGUUAUUAAUUAUGCUAUUAACAAUUAUAGAAUAUGAUUAGAGAUAACAACACUGUAUACACUUUUGCCAUUUUGGUUUUGCUAUUGUUUAUAAUCAGUUAUAAUGAAUAUAGUCUGUCUGCCUAUCUUUUCAGGUUUGUAUCGCUGCUUGUCUGUCUGUCUUUAUAUGUCAGUCACACCAAUUAUAGGGAUGCUUUUGCAAUGCAGUUAUACACUUUUGACAUUGUUUUUUUGGGUUUUUUUUUUUGCUAUAGUUUAUAAUCACUUAUAAUAGAUACAUAAACUACAGUGUUACCGUGUUAUUUUCAUAAAUAAAAACAAAACUACAUUAUGAAUGUUAUAAAUAUAUACAUUUAAAUAUAUAGUGUCAAGAAGGAAUUCAAUGAAAGUAGAAGAGUUUGAACAGGAUAGCACUCAGUCCUUUCCUCCACUCUUUUGGUCCCUCAAGUUUAAUCACCAGGCCACCCUAUUUCCUAGUCCAUCAGCUCUAACCAUCAGACCACAUUGUCUCCCAGUCCCUCAGCUCUAAGCAAAAGGCCACAUUGCCUUUUAGUCUCUCAGCUCUAACCACUAGGCCACACUGUCUCCUUGUCCUGCAGCUCUAACCACUUGACCACACUUCCCUUAAUCACCCCUCAGUCCUCAUAUAGUCUCACUGCUUCCAAUGUGUCCACUGAUCUCCUUUUUUAAAUUUAAGUGGAUGUUUGUUUUUUUAUAUUGUCAAUUUUCUUAAUGAUCUGAACAGCAGCAGAUUAUAAUUAAUGCUAAUGUUUUCCUGGUGAUUUAAUGAACCCUUAUUAACAUCACUAAAUGCAAUACCAAUACAGUGAAAAUAGAACCGCAGUUAAAGAUCAUGUUAUGAAUUUCAAAACGACGGCAUUAAGAUCGGACACGGUUCACAUUAUUAAAACAGGACCCUAUAAAUCAUCCAAUCUUAGAUCGACAGUGCGACCCAGAAUGCGUAUCAAUCCUAACAUCUGUAGAAAACAGGGACUAAUGGAUCUGUGAUAUCCCGAAGUAUUGAAAUGUCACAUUGCAACACUGACUCUCCCCUACACAUUUCCAUCUGAAAACACCAUUGAUUUCCACAUGUGCCCUAAAGCCGAUUCAAUACAGUGCCCAUGGAGUAAAUCUAAUGGAAAUUUGAUGGGAAUGUACUGAUUCCUCUUGGCUAAUCGUUUCCAUUAGCAGAAGUUACUUUAGGUUAUAUAUUGGUCUCUUUAUACAGGGGAGGUGGGAAGUAAAUAACAGAUGCAACCACAGGCUUUGGAGAAUACCAUGAAGAUGCUUGGGUGUAGCACAAACCUUGAACCUACAAAAGACUUGUUGCUAUCAAAGAACCAUUCCAAUAACAACUACAACGUGGACGUGCAAUAACUUUCUUAGUUCUGUGUGGUAAUGCGUGUAGUACGGACACGACAUUUGGGACCGGGCAGCUAAUUUUGAUUAAAGCAAGUAGGAUUUAUGCAAACCUACUUUAGAUCCAGGACAACCACAGUGUAUGUGAUGGAACUGAAAGGAAACAUCACAUUGACUCCAGCACUCCACAAUGCUAUUUAAUGUGAGCCUGUAACUGUAGUCUAAACAGGAGUGCGCUACCAUUUAGAAACCCAUUGCCCAUGUGAAACAGACCUAACAUUCUUUGAGUUAGGUCAACGCAUGACAAACCUUGCUAUUGAAUGCUGAAGUUCUAGACAGUCGGAUGCAGGUCAGGUUGUUUGGAUCUGAUUGUCUGGAGUCCAUUCAUUGUUUUAAUGUCAUAGCGAGGGAGGAGGUGGGCAUGUUUUUUCUUUGUUUUUGAUGUGCUCAAGGAGGUUGAUAUUUUGUUUUCCUGCUCAAAAGUGUCCAAGGUGUUCUGAAGACACUAUCACAGACUUUUGUUAACAGAAAGUAUGGAUAUUAAAGGAGCACAUGAAUGAAAAACUUUGAGAGGCAAAGCUUAGCAUAUUAUUUAAAACAAUAAAGGGCUUGUCAUUUUAUUAGUCUUGACUAUAAAGUUGAACAUGUUGCAUGGUUGUGUGUUAUUUGUGAAUAAAUCAAUGUUGCCUCAAA